UUCAACUCGUUCGCUGGCAGCUCACACCGGCUUGCUCGGCUUGCUGGACUUCUGUCCGUAUAUUACUUCUCACUAUUCACAGCCUCGGAGGCCAGCGUUCAGUAUCUUCACAUCUGCGCACUUAUAACCGCGCUCUUAAGUUGGACUCGGAAGAGCCGCUCUCAGACGAAUAUCAUGGGCGACACCCACGACUUCCCAGUCGCGACGUCCCACUCCGCGCACGGUCACGGACAACGCACGUCCUACCCCUACCUCGACUCGCCCAGUGCUCGAGCACAAAAUCACCCAUAUAUACAUUCUCCUUUUCCUUUUCCUACUGGCGCUGGAGACCAACAAUACCAGCACCACGAUCAUCGAAGAGCAUCACGCGUUUCGCUGGCCGAUCGACCAUUACCAGUGCCGGGCACUGUUUCGUGGGUCCAUAGACGCACUCAUAGCAACUCACACUUGCCCAGUACUUCCAAUCCACACGCAAUGUCUUCUCCUGCUGUCGUCACUCCGCAAAUCCCCCCUCUCCCGAACUUGCAAACACAAUUCCAAUUGGAAUACCCCGACAAUGAUGACAGCGAUAAAGACGAGGACCAAAUCCAAGACCAUGUCGACUACCAUCGUCUCUCAUAUCCUGCUCUCCGUAUCGCCAACGCAGCAACACCAGACGUCGCCUCACUCACCCAACGCGGCGACUCUGACGCGCCUGCAGCAGUACCACCACCGCCUCCACCCGGCGCCUCACAGCUCUCUCACCACCGAUCUAUGGCCUACCAUACCCCCAGUCCAAACAGCAACUAUGACCACAUCGUGAGCAUGACCAAUACGACUGGAAAUGGAAUGGCCAUGAACGGGACUGGAUUGAUGGGGAACGGAAAUAGCAAUCCGCUGUCGCCCCGGGCAGAGUCGAUCGGUUAUUGGGCGGAAGGACUUAGCCAUGGGACGCAUGAGAAUCCGCCUACAUUUGUGAGCGAGGAGCCACUGACCGCUAAAACUGGCGGUAUGAUAGGUGAGAUGAUGGACGUGAGGAUGUCGAGCGCGUCGAUGGCAAACUUGAACAUGGGCUUAGGUGGGAUGAGGGCCAUGAGUAUCGGGGACGCGUUGACGGAGGUGUCGUUUGCGAAUAGGGGCCCAAAUGUGGAUAAGUUGCGAAAAGUUUAUUAUCGUUUAUUUACACAUUCGAGUGGCGCAUACCCUUCGAAAUGGAGAAUCCAUGCAGAUGACCCCUCAUUAGCCUAUUUCCACCACGACCACGUCCAACCUCCCCGGCGCGCAGGGAACUACAUCGACUACCUCUGCUACCGCGAAUCCAUCCACAAAUCCCGGGUCAAACUCUACGUCUCCGUCAACGGCGACUCUGACCACCUGCGGCUCGUCGCAGCAUACGAAUCGUUCGGUGGCGCGCCCAAAUCUCGCGCACAAUCAGCGCUCGGUCAUAAUCUUCUCAGCGACUCCACCCUUAACGGCGGCCUCGGAGGUGGCCAAUACAAUGGCAGCCUCAUCGGGCAUUAUAACGGCAAUGGAAAUGCCGUACUCAGCAGAACCCAGUCGCGCGGUGGCGCCAAAAUGAUCAACGGCGGUGGCCCGAUAUUGGAGAAAUCUCAUGGGAGUACACCGGAGGAUCCGUUGUUGAUAUGUGUGGAGUUGGAGGAGAACGCGCCGAGGGAGAGGGCGAGGGAGCCGAUCGGGGCUUGGAGGAGGUUCGGGAGGGUGGUGGGCAGGUGUUUUUGUGGUGGGCCGGGGGCGGAGGGAGUGAGAUGAGUGCGAUGUAUGGUCGUCUGUAAAAGUAGGACAAUGAAGGGACCCGGGGGAGGGACCUUGUUGUUUUCCGUACUCUAGCUUUCGCUGGUUGAAGGUCUGGAUUCUGUUUCACUAUUCCAUAUUGUCUCAUGUUCUUCGCUUUCUCCCUUGUUGUUGUUGUUCUCUUGCUGUUUUACGAUACCUCCACACACGACACGGUAUACUUACAUACUCACCAUACUCAGUCACCACAUGUAUACCUAGACGCACUCUGUACUUGUACUUGUCAUACGCACUCGCCCGGAUCUCCUUGUCUUGAUCUGGUUGUACAUAUUGUAAUUGUAUCACUCG